AUGGAGUCCUCAACACCCGUCCGCGUCGACCUGUCCACCCUGGGCCCCGGCCUGCCUGAGUCUACAGGCGCUGCUGAUCCUCUUACUUAUCAUUUACAUCAUCUUAUUGCCACAGACCUCUCUCCUCUUGAAGCCACCACGGAUUUGGAGGAGAAGACUCGUGAAUCAGCAGAAUAUUUUGUGAGGAAAUUAUUUUCUUUAGAUCAUCAUCAAUCAGAAGAUGGGGUCUCCCUACAGCUCGUGCCUUAA